UGCACAGUUAUUGAUGAGUCCAGUAUGAGUACUCACCGUAUGGACAUCGUGUGUGCGAUACAAAAUGACGGUCAAUAAUAUUAUAUUCCUAAUGUUUUUUAUGGUGUCUAUGUUGACCGUUUCCAGUCAAUCGAAUUUUCAGUCACAGCUAUGGGUUACAAAAAUUUUGUCCGAUACUUUGGAUGAAUACACGCCUGAUGGAGGGAUAGUUUGUAAACGUCAUGGACUGAAGUAUCGAGAUGGAUUGAGAGACCUUAAACUGUGGGCCACUCAAAUGUAUGACGCAUCAUCUAAAUUUCCUACGGGGAUCUUAGCUGGGAGAUCUUAUGACUUUGGAAAUUUUGAUGAAUGCUUAAAAACCGAUACUACUGGUUUGGAUUUAAGUCCUCAAUAUUGUAUUAUAAGCAUUAGUUUUUUACCUACUACGAAAUUAUAUACACAUUAUUUCAACAUAACACCAUCUAAUCUAAAUCCAACAGACUCUGUGUGGGAAUCUACAAUGAAUGAUUCCGGUUUGAUGAAAAUACAACGCAACGAAAUCAAUACAGCAUUAUGUAUACCUUCUUCGUGUUCACAUUCAGAUAUACAGACAACAUUAUCACCUAAAAUAAUUUCUGCAUUUCAUAAGCACCAACUUAUGACCACAGUUACUGUGAAUUCAAUUCAUUGUACUACUCAACAAGAACUUCAACCACCAAAGCUUUUGGGAUAUCGAAUAUUUUGGGGAAUUCUAUUAAUUAUUAUAUUAUUGACAAUCGUCGGAUCAUUAUGUGAUAUAUACAAAGAGGAAGAAAAUCAAUAUGAUUACAAAUCAUUUUUCAUGGUAUUCUCAUUUCCGGCUAAUAUAAAGCGUUUAUUUUUGGCCAGCAAUAAAACCGAAAAUCUAUCUUGUAUUGACAUUUUAAAGACUCAUGCGUGCAUUUUGAUUAUAAUUGGACAAAGAAUGCUGUACAGUACUGGGCAGCCUGUACAAAAUCCUAAAACACUUGACGAGAUAGCCUUACAUUUAAUGUAUGCCAUGAUUCGCAAUGGAUCGUUGGUUGUCGAUUUCUUUUUCGUUAUCAGCGGUUUCCUUACUUUUCAUUUUCUUUAUGAUGAGCUAGUCAACACAAAAAUCAUAAAUGUUCCAUUACUCUUGUUAUGGAGAUGGUUAAGAUUAAUGCCUGUAUAUGGUUUAAUGAUCGCGUUUCAUACAUUUGUUUUAUUACACUUGGCUGAUGGUCCAUUAUGGAAAAAAAUAGCUAUUCAAGAAUCAAAUUACUGUCAAAAUAAUUGGUGGAGCAAUCUUCUAUUCAUAAAUAACUAUGUAGACGCCGAUCGCCCAUGUAUUAUUCAAUCGUGGUAUUUGGCGUGUGACAUGCAAUUCUUCAUCGCCGGUAUCAUACUUGUUUAUUUUGUGUGGAAGUACCAAAGGUAUGGAGUCUACUUAAUGUGGGCUACGAUAUUUUUCUCGUGUUUAAUCCCAGCUUGUGUCGUAUAUACUCAUCAGUUUUAUCCGACAUUUUUGAGUUAUAUUUCGAUCUUAAACUAUCUACCCGCACAUAAAAGUUAUACUAUGUUGUAUGUGCCUAGUCACACCAGAUCGACGCCGUAUUUCGUGGGUAUAUUUGCAGCGUAUGUUUAUCGGUAUUUGAAGCUCGAUAAGCCGAAAUUUCGUUUUCCGUAUUCGAAAACUUUGAUAACCAUACUCAUUAUAAUUUAUCCGUUAUUUAUAAUGACCAUCCAAGUGUUUUAUUUCCAAGAAUACAAUUUAUGGCUAAGCGUUAUAUAUACGUUCAUGUACCGAAUGGUGUUUGCUAUUAUUGUUUCCAUAUUUAUAAUAAUAUGUGCUAUAAAUGGAUUUUUUAAAGGUUUGUGGUUACGAAUAUUUAUACCAUUAAGUAAAUUAACAUAUGGAGCGUAUUUGGGAGGGCUAUCAAUGCAAUUACUUCAAGUAGCAUCAAUGAAAUCACCGACAUAUUUCAAUGAUAGCCUUUUGUUAUGGUUAGCAAUUGGAGAUACCGUAUUUGGAUUCAUAUUUGCGUUUUUGUUGUAUACUUUAAUUGAAUCACCAUUCGAUAUAUUAUUAAAAAAAUUGAUCAUCAUCAUUAGUCCAAAAAUAAUUUUUAAUAGUAAAAAAAUAACGGAUUCAACAGUUCCCAGGAAGAUAACUCUUAGAACACUUCGUUCUAGAUAAUAUGAUAAACUUUAAAUGAUAUUAUUAAAGUUUAAAAUGAAGACUCUUCCUAUAUUUAUGUUUUGAUUAUUAUUUUAUCAAAACAAAUAUUAUAUUUAUUAAUGUAUAUUAAGUAACCUACUUAAAAUCAUAAGAAAUACUUUUAAAAUAACUAUAAUUUUAAGUUUUUAACAUUUAUAAUAAUAUAUUGUAGUCAAAUAUAAAUAUUUAUUAUUAUUAUAAUACAAUUUGUAAUUUUAUAAUAAAUAAUCUUGUUUAAG